GGAUCAGCUGGCAACCCGGCGCGGGACUACAGAAUGCGAUGAUUUUCGCAACACGCCUGCACCCCGUUUUCAUCGCGGUUGUUCGUUUGUCAAAAAUUUGUUGUGCCUCUCUUGCGUCCUCGGUUUGCAAAAUUGGUGAAAAAAACGAGCAUACCCGGAUCACAUUGCUGCGCAGGAAAUUGUGAGAACCCCGCUUAAAAUGGUGCCAUAAACUCUUGUUUCCCCGACUUUCCGCAAGCCUCUACGAAGAACGGUAAGAAUAAGAAGCUGCAGCAUUCGAGCGCACACCGUGGUGGUACCUCUCAGCCAGAGGAGGAGAGCAGGAGACGUGAUAAUCAUGAGUGCAAGUACCGGUGCGGGCGCCGCCACUACCAGUGGAGGAGCGGCGAGCAAUUCUGCCGCACAGGAGAUCGAAACGGUCACCAUAAUAAGCGACGAUUCCGACAUUGAGAUGACCGAGUUUACUCCCAAGGGAAAGGGGAAAGCGGGAACCGCCGGUCAGACAGAACAGAACAAAGAUGCUGAAGAAGGUCGAAGAAUCAGUCGACGGAAGAAGCCCCGGGUGGAGUAUUCCGACACUAGACCGACGACAAAUUCAUCAUCAGAUGCUGCAAACAGCGAAAAGAAACCGGAGGCAAAAAUUGAAGCCAAGGUCAAAAAGCGCGAACCGGAGCCUCCGGUCAAGGAUGAAAAGGGGGAGGAGGGUUCGAAUCCCCACCGGGAAAUCAUGGCAGGAUUGGAGGGAGCCGCCUUUCAGUCGCGAUUGCCGUUUGAAAAAAUGACUGCCUCGGAAGCGGUUUGCUUUCCGGAAAUUACCAAACAUGGCCUUGUAGCUCAGCGGGUGUUUCUGAACGUCCGGAACCGGAUACUGCAGAUGUGGAUUGAGAACCCUACCGUGCAGCUGACGGUGGAAAAUGCAUUAAAAAAUAUAGAACAGCCAUUCGACAGCGAUCCGAAUCUGGUCCGGAAGGUGCACGCAUUUCUGGAGCGCCACGGAUUUAUCAAUUUUGGUAUAUUUAAGCGUCUGAAACCGUUACCAAGUAAAAAGCUGGCAAAAGUCAUUGUCAUAGGUGCCGGAAUAUCGGGUCUAUCUGCUGCACAGCAACUGCAACAGUUUGGGUUUGACGUGAUCGUUCUGGAAGCGAGAGAUCGAGUGGGAGGCAGAAUAGCCACCUUUCGGAAGAAUUCCUACACUGCGGAUUUGGGUGCAAUGGUCGUCACCGGAAUUUGGGGUAAUCCUAUAACAAUCCUGAGUAAGCAAACCGGAAUGGAAAUGUGUCCGAUCAAAACGGCAUGUCCUUUGUACGGAGCCGGAGGGAAACCCGUUCCGAAACAUAAGGACGAUAUGGUUGAGCGUGAGUUCAAUCGGCUGUUGGAAGCCACAAGCUACCUAUCGCAUCAAUUAGAUUUUAAUUACGCCGGGAACCACCCGGUUUCCCUAGGACAGGCGCUGGAGUGGAUCAUCAAACUGCAGGAGAAACACGUCAAAGAAAAGCAGGUCCAGCAUUUGAACAACAUAAUCGCAUGGCAGCAGAAACUGAUUGAAAAUCAGAAAGCAAUUAAAGACACCAUGGACAAGAUCAAGAGCCUUCGCGCCAAGCACAAAGAACUUCUCGAAACUAAGCCCCCCAAACCAAGUGAACUCGACAGCAAAUACAUCGAGCAUGAAUUCAGUAUUCGCUUAACGGCCCGAGAGGAACAACUCGCCUGGAAGGAAAUCGAACAGUUUCGCUCUAGUCAGGAAAAAAUCGAAUCCAAAUUGAAAGAGCUCGAGAACGAUCAGGUGAGCGAAGUGUAUCUUUCCUCCAAGGAUCGUCAGAUUCUCGAUUGGCACUUUGCCAAUCUCGAGUUUGCCAAUGCAACCCCGCUGAGUAAUCUCUCGCUGAAGCAUUGGGACCAGGAUGACGAUUUCGAAUUCAUCGGUAAUCACACCACCGUCAAGAAUGGAUAUUCUUGUGUUCCGAUAGCACUCACAGAAGGACUUGACGUCCGGGUCAACACCGCAGUGAAACGCAUCAAGUAUUUCCCCGGGGGAGUCGAAGUGACGGCCGAUCUCAAGUCGAACAGCUCGACAGUUCAUUACAAGGCCGAUCUCGUACUGUGCACAUUGACGCUGGGCGUUCUCAAGGUCGCAAUCUCAGAACAAUCCUCUCAGUUGAACACCGUCCGGUUCGAUCCACCGCUGCCGGAGUGGAAACAAUCGGCCAUCCAACGGUUGGGUUUCGGAAACCUGAACAAGGUGGUGCUGUGUUUCGACCGGAUCUUCUGGGAUCCGAACACCAAUCUGUUUGGACAUGUUGGCAGCACGACCGCCAGUCGGGGCGAACUGUUUCUGUUUUGGAACAUCUCACAGUCUCCGGUUCUGCUGGCACUCGUCGCCGGCCAGUCUGCUGCCAUAAUGGAGAAUGUUUCGGACGAUGUCAUCGUUGGUCGCUGCAUCGCCGUGUUAAAGGGUAUAUUCGGCAAUUCAUCAGUUCCGCAACCGAAGGAAACGGUUGUCACCCGAUGGCGGGCGGAUCCGUGGGCCCGAGGAUCGUACAGUUUCGUUUCGGUCGGGUCCUCCGGUAGUGAUUACGAUCUCCUAGCGGCACCCGUAACGCCUCGGUUCGGCGGUCUGGGCGGUAUCAACGGGGGAGGAUCGCACUCCGGUACAAACGGGAACGACGACGACGACGGUAGCAAAGCGGACAUUCCACGGCUGUUCUUCGCUGGUGAGCACACUAUUCGUAACUAUCCUGCCACCGUUCAUGGGGCAUUGCUUAGUGGCCUACGAGAAGCAGGCCGGAUAGCGGAUUACUAUUUAGGGUUUCCGAACACCUAUCCCGACGCACCCAAGGAAGAACCGAAAAAGUAGAGAAAAGAACAACUUUUAGCCUCAUUCACUAAGUAAGACACAAUUUAUAAAUUAUUGAUUCAAACUGAAAAAAAAUCACCUAUUCAAUUGUGGUUUGCUAUAGAAUACAACGAGAUGUAGCACACCUAUGUCAACACCGGACGAUACUUUAAUUGCAAUUUGACACUAGAGCUAAAUUUUGAGAUUAGAAGAGCUACUCUCUAGCAUUUAAUUAAAUGUGAAGAUGAUGCA